AUGCUUUCGCGAUUUUUCCUUGUGCUCAGUAGCAGCUUCUGGCUGAGCUGCGUUCUUUUUGGCGAAGGUAUUGAUGCAUCAAUAGGUAGGGACUCACUCGAAGACAUUGCUUCUUGUGCUAAGCGCCCAAGGCUGUCUGGCCAGUUUGGUGCUCAACCAUUGUCUCCAAAGUAUCUACCCCCUAACUCGGAGAAAAUUUCGAUCGCUAACCCUCAAAAACUUCAUCCGCCUUCGGGUUCUGACUUCGGACACUAUUCGACGCGCCCGAAGAGCUACGAUACACCCGCCGAAAGACAUGAGCUCUUUGAGAAAUUGAGCAAGCAAUUCACGGAAGCUGCAUACCCAUUCAAUGAAAUCCGAGUAGACCAGCUGAUUAUUAAUUGGGAGAAAGCGCUCGAAAAGAUCGUAUUGCUUCACAACGACUUCGAGGAGCUUUCGCGCUUCCACAAAAAACUGAAGGUGCUCUACCACAAUGAGCAUAUGUUUCUAACCCAAAAAACCAAAGCGAUCCAGAAAAAACAAGAUAUUGACAAAGUCGCCGAAUCAAUGAAGCACCUAGAAGCGAUGCAGGAGAAUAUAAGCAUUCUGAACCAAUUGAAGCUCCUCGAACUAGGAUUAUAUGACGAUCAUUUUGCAUAUAAGAAACUGAUGGACGAACUAGUUCCAAGAUUUUCUGAAAGGACAUACCAAAACUUCGCCGUCUUCCGAGCUCAUGCCCAGAAAACGUUAGAAGAUGUUGGCGCUUCAGUGCUAGAUGAGGCGAAGAUAUUGAUAGUGGGAGGGGAUCACGAAGCCGCUAACUCGAUGCUUGCCUCAGCGCCGAAUGACUUGAUACGUGUUACAGAGAUGUAUGCAGGGUUCAAGGUCGUUGAUUUCUUGUUCAACAAUCAACUCAUCGAUCGCGAAAGGCUGUCCUACUUUUUUCGGGAUAAUUAUGUCGCAGAGCACUUGGUCCUCUAUAUCCAUGCGCGCAUCCAGCAAGAGAAGAAUUAUGGUAUCUUCCAUCGGCAGAAAAGCUUCACUAUUGUUAUUGGCGCAGAGACAAAAAAGAUCAUCAACCGGAUUUUCCGGAAGAAAAGGGCAACUUUCUGGGCCACUAAGUAA